CAACUUUUGCUGCUGUUUGAUGCACAUUUUUCCCCUCCCUCCUCUAUCCAACCUUUCAGAGCUACGCUGAGCCACAAGCAUGAACACAAAGUCCAGAUUAUACAGGAGUUCAGAUAGACUUUAAAUGGACCAUUCUGUUGGAAGAUGUCCAAUACUCUGAAAAGCUGAAUAAGAGCUUUUUUUUUUUCUUUUUUUUUCUGACAGUGUCUUAAAUACUGCUGCUCGGGUGUCCGGGCUGAGGGGGAAGAACUCACACGGCAGACCCAGAGGAUGGUAGAGUUUAAAAAGGAGAUGAGAAGAGCAUAGUGGUGGAGGUUUGUGUGCGAAACCCGAAAGGCUGAAGAGGACUUUUGUGCUGAGCCUCCCUUUGCACACUUGGACCCGAGCUGACAAUGAAGAUGAGCAUGGAAAGCAGAUGGAUCAGUCAAGACAAGUUUCCAAGACAGAGCUGAUGGAGGACGGAGUUUUUAUGCGAGCUGCUGACAUGCAUUCAGAGGCCUGUGAGAUGUGGACGGGCUCACCUUCGGGGAAAAUCUGAGACCUGGAUGAGCCAGGGAACACAGGCGGGAGCGUUUUAGUGAAGAAGAGAAACCAUGGACCUGUUAUGGUGUGGCUUCAGACUGACUUUGUGCUUUUAACCCAACUGUAGCGCCCUCUGACCACACCCCAUGUCACAUCCUUCCCUGAAUUAUGGAAAUUUUGUGGAAGACUUGGACACUAAGCCUGGUGGUGAUGGCUGCUUCUGAAUUUCAAAGACUUUCACACAGCUCUCAAGAGGAGUUCAUGUCUUACCUGCAGCACUACCAGCUGACUGUCCCAGUGCGGGUGGAUGAGAACGGGAACUUCCUGAGCUAUACCGCGAAGCUCCAGAGGCCGGGCCGGCGGAGACGUGCACUGGGGGACCCCACCAUGGACCCCCCAGAGUCUCGGAUCUUCUACAGACUGUCAGCGUACGGGAAGCACUUUCACUUAAACCUGACACUUAACCCCAACUUGGUGUCAAAACAUUUCACAGUAGAGUACUGGGGCAAAGAGGGGCCUGAGUGGCGUCAUAACAUGGUAGAUAACUGCCAUUAUGUUGGAUUCCUGCAAAACCAGCACAGCACAAGCAGAGUGGCGCUCAGCAACUGCAAAGGCCUGCACGGUGUUAUAACAACAGAGGAAGAACAGUAUUUAAUAGAGCCUUUAAAGAACACAUCCUCCACCACCUCCGGUGAAUGGAACCUGGAAGGAGCUCAGCAACAUGUUAUUUAUAAAACGUCUGACAUCCCCUCACCGCAAGAGCAAAGCCAGGAGUUCAGCUGUGGCAUUUCAGACCUCAUUAAAAGCAAUGCAGCUUGCCAGUUUAGCACACCCUCUCCUGUCCACUUGUCCCCUGUCCCUCAAAACGUCAGCGAGCAGUCUAAUGGUGCUCACAGGCAGAGGAGGUCCGUCAGCUCCGAGCGCUUCGUGGAGACGCUCGUGGUUGCUGAUAAAAUGAUGGUCGGCUACCACGGCCGCAAAGAUAUCGAGCACUACAUCUUGUCUGUGAUGAAUAUUGUUGCCAAACUGUACCGUGAUUCCAGCCUGGGAAAUGUUGUGAACAUUAUUGUGACCCGUCUAAUUGUUCUCACUGAAGAUCAGCCAAACCUGGAAAUUAAUCAUCAUGCUGACAAGUCUCUGGACAGUUUCUGUAAGUGGCAAAAGUCCAUCCUGUCUCAUCACAGCAGCGGGAACAGUAUUCCCGAGAAUGGAAUGGCUCAUCAUGACAAUGCUGUCCUAAUCACACGAUAUGACAUCUGUACCUACAAGAACAAACCCUGCGGGACUUUAGGCUUGGCCUCUGUAGCUGGAAUGUGCGAGCCGGAGAGAAGCUGCAGCAUCAAUGAAGACAUCGGCCUUGGCUCGGCUUUCACCAUUGCGCACGAGAUAGGCCACAAUUUUGGGAUGAACCAUGAUGGGAUCGGCAACUCCUGCGGCACCAAAGGCCAUGAAACAGCCAAACUGAUGGCCGCUCACAUAACAGCCAACACCAACCCUUUCUCCUGGUCUGCCUGCAGCAAAGACUAUAUCACCAGCUUUCUCGACUCAGGUCGGGGAACGUGUCUGGACAAUGAGCCUCCAAAAAGAGAUUUCCUGUAUCCAACCAUGGCCCCGGGGCAGGUGUACGAUGCUGAUGAGCAGUGUCGCUUCCAGUACGGAAGCUCUUCGCGUCAGUGCAAGUAUGAGGAAGUGUGUAGAGAGCUCUGGUGCUUUAGCAAAAGCAACCGCUGUGUAACUAACAGUAUCCCGGCUGCAGAGGGGACUCUCUGCCAAACUGGCAGCAUUGAGAAAGGGUGGUGUUACCAAGGAGAAUGCGUUGCGUUUGGUACUUGGCCUCAGAGCGGAGACGGAGGCUGGGGGCCAUGGUCCUUAUGGGGAGAGUGCAGCAGGACCUGUGGAGGCGGUGUUUCCUCCUCCAUGAGGCACUGUGACAGCCCAGCCCCAUCUGGAGGAGGCAAGUACUGUCUUGGAGAAAGAAAACGAUACAGAUCCUGUAACACUGAUGUAUGCCCAGCUGGAUCUCAAGAUUUCAGAGAGAAGCAGUGUGCUGAUUUUGAUAACAUGCCUUUCCGUGGGAAGUAUUACAACUGGAAGCCUUACACUGGUGGUGGUGUGAAGCCCUGCGCGUUGAACUGCUUGGCUGAGGGUUAUAACUUCUACACCGAGCGCUCCCCGGCUGUCGUUGAUGGCACCCAAUGUCAGGCUGACUCUCUGGACAUUUGCAUCAAUGGGGAGUGUAAGCAUGUGGGCUGCGAUAACAUUCUGGGCUCUGAUGCAAAAGAAGAUCGAUGCCGUAUGUGCGGAGGGGACGGCAGCACCUGUGAGGCCACAGAGGGGCUGUUCAACAAGUCUCUGCCCAGAGGAGGCUACAUGGAGGUGGUUCAGAUCCCUAAAGGAUCCGUUCACAUUGAGAUCAGAGAAGUCGUCAUGUCAAAGAAUUACAUAGCUCUAAAGUCUGAAGAGGAUGAUUACUACCUCAAUGGAGCUUGGACCAUUGACUGGCCCAGGAAGUUUGACAUUGGAAGGACGGCCUUCCACUACCGGAGACCUUCUGAUGAACCCGAGUCUCUGGAGGCGCUGGGACCUACCACUGAAAACCUCUUUGUUAUGGUUCUCCUUCAAGAACAGAACCUAGGAAUACGCUACAGGUUCAACGUGCCUAUCCAGAGGACGGGGAGCGGUGACAACGAGGUGGGCUUCUCCUGGCACCACCUGCCUUGGUCUGAGUGCUCGGCUACCUGCGCUGGUGGCUCCCACAAACAGGAGGCGGUGUGUAAGAGGCUCGACGACAACUCGGUGGUGCAGAACAGCUACUGUGAGCCAGACAGCAAACCAUCAGAGAACCUGAGAGACUGCAACACUGAGCCGUGUCCUCCAGAGUGGUUUAUUGGUGACUGGUCAGAGUGUGGACAGACAUGUGAUGGUGGGACACGGACCAGGACUGUCCUGUGUAUCAGGAAGAUUGGCCCUGCUGAGGAGGAGACACUGGAAGACACCUUCUGCCUGACUCAUCGACCCAUUGAAAGAGAAUCCUGCAACAAUCAGUCCUGUCCCCCAAAGUGGGUAACUCUGGAAUGGUCAGAGUGCACACCCAAGUGUGGCCCAGGCUUCAAGCAUCGUAUUGCCUUGUGCAAGAGCAGUGACCUGACCAAAACCUUCCCGGCCACCCACUGCCCGAGCCACAACAAACCUCCAGUCCGAAUGCGCUGCAGUUUAGGACGCUGUCCUCCUCCUCGCUGGAUCCCUGGUGACUGGGGACAGUGUUCAGCUCUGUGCGGCCUGGGCCAGCAGAUGAGGACGGUCACUUGUCUGUCCUAUACUGGACAGCCGUCAAACGAGUGUCCAGAAUCCCUCCAGCCCGCCACAAUGCAGCAGUGUGAGAGCAAGUGUGACGCCACCCCAAACUCCAACAACGAUGAAUGCAAAGAUGUGAACAAAGUGGCCUACUGCCCGCUGGUUCUGAAGUUCAAGUUCUGUAGCCGAGGGUACUUCAGGCAGAUGUGCUGCAAGACCUGCCAGGGGCACUGACCCUUGGAGCGCAAAAGCAACUAGUAAUGAUAAAUAACAAAUAGAUGGAAACAAAGGCAAAGAAGAUGGAGGGAUAAAGCACUGAGCUGGGGUAAAAAAACAAACAAAUGAGGCGGUCUGAUGUAAUCGCUCGGGUCUUGAGCGUUGGAAGAAAAAACAAGAGACCAGAUCUGCAGCCCCAACGAGAGGAGGAAAGGCUUUCCCUGUUUGUCUCAGCCCUUCGCCCCACCCUCCUUCCUGGUGGAAAGUUAACCACUACUCAGCUUGUAACGCUGAAACAAACUUUUCCUCUUUUUUUUUAUUUUUUAAUUUUCGCUUCUGUGAAGUGGAAUUUGGAAGGCUAAUUGCUGAUGAUAUUAUUUUUAUUAUAAUAAUAAUUGAUGAUAUCUUUGUCAGUCUUCCUGCAUGUUUGUUGUGUUGUAAAUCCAAAAGGGCUGGACAGUCGCUCACACACGGUGUACCCAGGAGAUGAACAAAGAAAGAGGGGAACUGGAGUGGAGCGCGUCGGACUCCCACCUUUGGGAAGGUGCUGGGUGACAUUUGGCUUCGGUGCACUUUUCAUGUAAAUACCCCAAUUUACAGUUCAGAUAUAGAACAGAAACCUACUCAGUGUACUGUAUAUUUAUUGUACAACUCCAAACAGAGCGUCCCCUGAUGUGUCUGUCAAACAGUAGCCUACUGUCACGGAAGGGAAUGUAAUGUGAUUGAGGUUAUAAUCGAUAAUGUUGUGUGCUGAAAUGAAAUUAUACUGUAACCUACGUUAGACAUUUAUAUUCUGUGAGGAUUUGUGUAUUAUAAAUAAUAUUAAUCUAAAACCAGAAAGUACCACAUGGUUAUAGAAGAAUCCAUUAUUUCUUUCCCCAGAUGGUUGCCUUAGCUCCUCCCAGUCAGACAGAGUUUCACAUUUAUUCCAGAUAUACAGCCUGAUGUUACCUGGGUCACAUGAAACACUGCCAGAAACAAGACUUUACUUAACUUCCAUACAAGCAGCUUAUAGGUCAUAGGUGAAGAAUUGAUUUUGAGGAAGCAUUUGAAGCAGCCUGUUUAUUUGAACAGCAUUAUGGAUAUUAUAUCCAAUCCAUAAAGUAUGGUUGAUUAUUUCAUUAAAUUUGAGAUAAAUUCGCAUACUUCAUGUAGGCUACAAGCUGCUACAGUUUCUCAAUAAGAGCUGGAAAGAAACUGGGCAACAUUUUUGAAAAGGUCAUAAUAUUGUUGCAGUUAAAAAAAGCCAGAUCCAGAUGUUUGCUUCAAUUGAAUUGCAAGCUUUGUUGCGUCUUACAGUAAUGGACAUCAACACCUCUAGAUCUCGGUGAACAAAAAGGAAUGUGAGAUAUCUCCAACACUCCAUUGCAUGUGGCAUCAUCAAGAGUUUCUAAUAUUACGUUUGCUUGGAUGGAAUCGAACCCAAAUGGUUCCGGGGACUACCCAAAGGUCACUGGGUAACAGGAUUAUGGUCUGGAAAUGUCUUGGGUGGUUUAUAUCUCUGAUGGUUCUGAAAGCGUAGUAAUACAACAUAAAACGUUGAGUGAAUUGCAAUGGUCCUCAGGUUUUGCAGUCUCUUGCGAACAGUACCUAACACUUUAAAGGACUUUGGAGCGGUAUUGGAACUGGGGAGGUCCCUGUUACAGAGUAUUUCCAUUUUGACCAGUUGCUGUAGAUCUCUGUCAGAGAUGGUUCCCGUCCUGCUAAGAAGUUCCCUAAACUAAGUUCUAAAAAGACCUUGUAGUAUAAGCUACAGUCGGGCCAAGUGAUUGCUUUGCAAAUGAAAAAUGAGGAGAAGCAUCCUUUAAAAGUCUGAAACACUAGUAAAGGUUCUUGGCGUUUGAAACUACCCUAGGAAAAUGGCAUCUUCUCCAACAAUUGUAGAAACAAUGAAAAAGUUCCUAAGAUCUGAAGUUGAGUCCAGUUCAAUCUUCCACAUCCGGUCACUGGUUUAUGCAAAUAUUAAUGAGGUUAUGCUGCUUACUUUUUGCGUCCAGUUUAAUUAAUGUUCAUGUGGAUUCUAUGCACACUAUUCUGUUUAUUACGCCCAAACUGCUAUAAUUUGACAGAUCAGUGAUUUGAUUUGAAUUAUACGUUGCGCUGUUAAAGGUGAUUUCCUGAUAUCUCAGGGAUUAUGUAAGGUUCGUAAACCUUUUGGCAGCCUGCAGUGUCUAUUUGUUAUUAUGGAACAGAGACGUUGAAUCAUAAAAACGCCCUAUUAGGUCAAACACAUGAGUGUGCCUCAUAGAAAUACAGUAUAUGGCAUUAAGAUGUCCACCAGUUAAAAGAUGGGGCAAGGUCAAUACUAAAAUUGCCUCAAUCAAACAGCUGUCCCAGUUGAAAGUCCCUUGUUCAGUUGGGGUUACACACAGAUUAACUAAAGUCUAUUUUUAUAUGUAGGCUCGAUGUAAGAAAUCACAUGCUUUCCAUUUGGGUUUCUUAGCCUUUCAGUGAUAUAUCAGACUGGUUUUGAUUCUGUGAGGCAAUUAAGCUGUUCUGAGGAGUAGAUCUUAGUUCAUGUAGCCCAGUCUCUAUGUGAAGUGAGCUCAUCAAGCAUCACAGCAAUUUACCAGUUUCUGUAACAUCAUCAUCAGUUUGUGGAUCUUCUCUUUGAUUAUUGCACAAAUAAAUAGAAAGGUUCUCCUCUGAACUUCUACAAAAGGACUCGCAGACACUUGGAAUGCUUUUGGGGUUAGUUUGCAUCAUAUAGUUGCUCCUGGGGGACCUAAUCCAUUAAAAAUAGCCUAGUUUAUAUAUUUCAGUGAAGAACUGAAUGUAAAAACUGAAAUUACAAAUUGAAUAUAGAAUAUGUACAUGUCAGCAUAUGAAAAUGGAAACAACUACUUUCCAUGCAAAAAUACAGGAAUGACUUGCAUCCUGACUGGAGCCUGUCUUUUCGUGUAUUGAAAUCCGAGCCUCACCGGCCCCCCUUAUGUGUCCAACUGCACAUGCAUGUGAGCUUAAGGUAGUACAGCAAUGCCAGCUUUCACAUUUCUUUCAAUGAAUAAACCAAGAACAUCUCAGAAUAACUCCAUUUCUCAAAAGAUGUCUUAGAACUUCAGGUGAAUAUUAUUUUAUGAACAUUUAAACUCUCGAUAUGUUUCCAUUGGGUGGUUAAUUAUGGAGAAGCUGAUAAUUACUUACAAAUGAUGGAGGAGGUGGUGCUCCGACGAAGAUCUUCCUUCAUGAAACGUACUGAGAACACAUAUGGCAUUUCCUGUUUGAUAAAUAUAAGACAGUAAAAAAAAGCAAGAAUAUUAUGGAGCUUUAAGUGAACGCUAUAUUAUUGAUUUUUACACAUUUUUGCUAUGAUCAGAAACCUCGUUGUCUCAGCCCUUCUUGGACUGGCUGCUAGCUUCAGCCUCCAGGACCAAUACGUCUAGAUCUGAUGAAAUACUAGCUGUGUAAAACCUUUCAACAGAACCUAAAUUCAAAACAUUUUGAACUAUCCCGCCUCUUUGUCAAAAAGAAGGACAAAACAUUUUCCUUGUCGCCUUUCCUCUGCUAGUACUAUAUUUUUUGGUUUCAUGAAUUCCCAAACAUCUCCUCUUUUUCUCCCACUAUGCUCCACGAUUCUGGGCCUUGCCAGGCUUCUGGUGCUAUCAACAGGGUGCUUCCGUUCAAACUCUCUCCAGUGUGCUUAGAAGUAAAAUUUGAGCCAAAUAUUACAAGUUGGUAUACUUGUUAAUAUCUCUGUUGGUAAAUGCUGGUCAUGUUUUAGUUUUUCAGUUUUCUUUUUAUUUGUUUACACCUCACACUGGGAACGUUUGCUGUUACAAAGGGUAAUGCUGAUCGUCCACAUACCAAAAUGGACACUUGGCUGGAUGCAACAGGUCUUUUCUAUCCAAGUGACAUUUCUGCUUGUGGUCGGUGGUGUGAAAGGGAACACCUCUGAAACGUUACGUGGAGGUACAGGAGGACAAAUCUGAGUGCCUACACAGGAGUUCAUGAACAAGUUUCUGAGGCUGUUAACAACUAUAUUCUGAUUUUGCUGCUGCUACUUUUCUUUGUAGCCACCUUCCAUGUGACAAUGUCGAACAGAUUUGUAUUAGUUGCAGCAGUUUUAUUAAUCCUGAGAAGCAUUUCAAACUGCUCAGACCGACCCAGCUGUGGGAGAAGGAGCCUUCAAAGAAAGAACAUUUGAGCUCAGUCAAGCUGGUACUCAUUGCUGUGAACUUGGAUGUUUGAAUGUCACGUUGCUCGUAUCUGUACCUGCAUUGCAAGAGAAAUGAUAAGCAUCUUGUGAUUAAUUCCAUUUAUUUUAUAUUCAGUAUUAAUGUUUGUAAACUGUUACUAUUUUUCUUUCCGAAUGGUAUUAAUGUGCUAAUUUAUUGCUGUGCCUCACAUGUACAUUUAUUUCACUGCAUGCAAACUGAAAUUAAGCAUAGUGAAAAAAGUGCAGUGGUGCAGCUCUUCACCAUUUUUUAAGGGUAGAAACAAUAAAAAGAGCUUUUACAGAGA